AUGUUGAGCAGCAAAUGGUGUCAAAUAACUAAGUGGUGCAACAAAUUCAACGGUAUUUACAGCCGGCUUCAGGCGCAACAACAAAGUGGAAUCAACGAAUUUGAUUUGUUUAAAUCUGUUAAGCAACAAUAUCGGGUCGAAAUGGGACAUGUUUUCUACUUUGAAAAAUCAUGGGAAUUAUUGCGAGCGAAUCCAAGGUGGAAUAAAACGCCUACAUCGUCAGAGGUUCAAUCCAAAAUGUCUCGCAAUUCGAGCUCGGUCGACGUAUCGGACGCACGGACUCACAUCGACCUAAAUGUCGACAUCGAUGAGAUCCCAGAUGAUGUCGAGGAGAUAUCCCCACCACCACGACCGCCCGGACGCGACAAAGCGAGGCGCGCUGCGAGGGAUGCGGAGGAGGUUGAGGCGAAAGCAAAAGAUGCGGCGGAAAUGAGAGCAAAAUUCGACGAGCACAAUUUAUUAAAAAAAGAAAAAAAUGAGUUGAAACGUCGUCAUUUGGAGUUUCUAGAAAUGCAGGCAUAG